UGGAGCGCGCGCAUCUCGGUAUCUAAGGACACCGCGGUAUUUAGAGAGGCGCGAGUGCGCAACAGGUGACGUGCACGCCUGACGGGAACGCGCUAUUCUGUUGGAAACUCUGCGCUCGGUCUCAGUGCGAGGACUGGACAGCUUCAUGGAGUUCCCACCAGAAGGAGUCGUAACAUGUCAUGUGUUUCAGCUAUAUGCGCGCGCUCCGCAGGCGUUUGGAGACUCCAGUGGGAGGCUUGUUCUGCCGCGCGCUGAAGUUAACGCAUUCCUAAAGGGAUGUAAACUCUCCUGUCGCCAUCGUCAGCGGGAAACGGUUCACAUGAUGACUUCAGACCUGUUGCUGGUUCUCCAAAUGUCCUCGAUCUGACAAUGGUUACCUGCUUCAAUUCUUCUAGCGCCAACCGCUCGACCGUCAGCUCGGAUGGGGCUCCGUUCCCCGGGUACACGAUGGUCGUUCUGGCGAUCCUCAUGAUUACUCUGGUGGUCGUGGUGGUGGUCGGGAACGCGUUGGUUAUUCUGGCCUUCGUCGUGGACAAGAGCCUCAGAAAUCAAUGCAAUUACUUCUUCCUUAAUUUGGCUAUAUCAGACUUCCUUGUUGGGGCUUUCUGCAUCCCGGUCUAUAUGCCCUAUAUCUUGACGGGCAGGUGGAUGUUGGGCCGUGGACUCUGCAAGCUGUGGCUUGUGAUGGACUACUUAUUGUGCACGGCUUCUGUCUUCAAUAUCGUCUUAAUCAGCUACGACCGCUUCCUGUCCGUUACCCGAGCUAUGAGGUACCGGGCCCAGCAGGGCGUCACUCGUCUGGCAGUGGUCAAGAUGUUGGCGGUGUGGGUUCUGGCAUUCCUCCUCUACGGACCGGCCAUCAUCUUCUGGGAACUGAUGGUUGGAGAAAGCAUCGUUCCAGAGGACGAAUGUUUCGCCGAGUUCUACUGCACCUGGUACUUCCUGCUCUCCGCGUCGACCUUCGAGUUCUUCUCUCCGUUCAUCUCCGUGGCCUUCUUCAACUUCAGCAUCUAUCUCAACAUCCAGCGGCGGAACCGGAGUCGACUGGCGCAUGUGGAAACCGAGAAGGAGGACGGCUGGAGGGUCAUAGAUGGACACAAAUCAUCCGUCUUCUUCGUCAAAACGCGCAAGGUGUCCUCUAGCGGAGCACCGGCCGUUUCGGACGUGAUCGAAGACGACGAAGAGGUUUCGCCGUCGUCCAGCGGCGAUCCCAGCAGCACCCAAUCCGUAUCUUUAACAAUGAAGCCCACCGUUAAAAAGCGAGGAUUGUUCAGCGGUUGGGUAAGGACACGUAUUAUACGAGCGCAGGAGGCAUCGAAUCAAUGCGCCCCUUGCAGAAGCGGAGCACAUGCGCGUCUCUCGAGGGAUAAGAAGAUUGCCAAGUCCCUGGCCGUCAUAGUGUGUGUUUUUGGGGUGUGUUGGGCGCCGUACACUCUCCUUAUGAUCAUACGGGCGGCCUGCAGCGGUAGCUGUGUGGAACAUCAUUGGUACGAAGUCACUUUUUGGCUCCUUUGGCUCAACUCGGCAAUCAACCCUUUCCUCUACCCGCUUUGCCAUAGCAGCUUUCGCCGGGCCUUCGCCAAGAUUUUGUGCCCUAAGCGUCAGUCUGUUCGACCACACGAGGAAAGCCCUUCCUGCCAGUGACAAUCUGAUGGCAACAGAAGGGAUUUAACACUUUCACACUGAAUACUGAAGGAGGAAAUAAAAGCACCAAGGCAAGAAAGCGAAACAUUUCCACCAUAAUAGAAAUCCGUGCCAUUUCUUGAUGGGAGAAGCAUGUUUUGUUCUUCGUUGAUGAAACUUCCUGACUUGAAGAACUGCAUAAACCGUGGAUAUAAACAGUGCUGUUGUUAUUUGUAUAUUUUGUCUUGCAGUAACAUAAGACCGGAGUUGUUUCACUCUUUUAGCUAAAGUAAGUCGCAUGUUUUGGGACAUCUGUGGUAUAAAAAAAGUGAUGCAGCUUGUGUUCAGAACAUAUUCAGUUGACAGUUUCGCCCAUAUUAACUUUAUUUACUGGUUAUUGUAUAUUCCAUUGACUCGCAUGGUUUCAACUCAAAUAUGUUCUACUAUUAAAAUCUUCACAGAGAGACUCUGGAAAUCUACAUCACCUGCUAUGGACAAAGCAGAAACCAAUAAUGUUUUUGAAUGGGUUUUUUUGUGAAAUGUCUAUUAAGUUAUUGAUAUAUCAGUUAACAAUAAUCUGAUGAAUACAAUUUAAAUUUACAAUUCACUUGAAAGUUUCAUUUUAUCGUUUGAAGAUAUUUGCAGAUUGUCCGUAGUAUUUUUCUCGAGUCUUUAAUUCUCAUUUCUAUAAGCUGAAAAUCUUGAUUAAUGUAAAUCAAUUCUUAUAUGAAAUAAUUGGAAUGUAGCAACUGUGUCAUUUGGACAAUUUUAUAUCAUUUAUAACGAUUUUAAUUAAAAAUUAGCUCUCUGGACUUUCUGCAACGUCUUCUUUUUGUGUUGCAUGGAUGAAAUAGUGUCACACAGCUUUGAAAGGACAUAAGAGUGCGCAACUAAUGAAACUAUUUUAAUUUUGCGAACAUAUUAUCUCUUAUUAUUUGUGUUUUAUUUUAGUUUUUCUUGACUAGAUUCAUGGUUUCAGUGUCAUCGUCAACACAGAUGAAAUCAU